AUGACGUGGCAAUCAUGGCAAUUCCGAUAUCGUAAGGAUGUGAAGCUCAAGAAGGUCACCGACAGUGAUGAGCAGAAAGCUCUGCUCCUGGAUUCCCUUGGCGUUGAAGCAAUGGAGAUGGUGCACUCCAUGUGCUCACCCAAGGAUCCGGACGAGUAUACGACUUCCCAGAUCGUCGAUAAACUAGAAGCCGUGUAUGCGAAGACGGCCAAUGCCACAACGGAGUGGGCGAAUUACUUUCGCAUCUCCCAAGAGCCAGGAGAAACUCUUUUGGACUUCUCGAGCAACCUCCGCAGGAAAGUGAUUCACUGUUCUUUUCCGGCAGUCGUGUUGGAAAAGAAUAUGUCGUCGACCUUUCUGAACGAACUCGCGAAUGAAUGA